UACACCUGGCAUUAUAAAUGUAUUGUGGACCGUGGAAGCCAGAAGGACUUCAAUGAAUCGUUGAGGCUCAGAAAGAAUGAAGUCCAUGUGGACACAGACUGGACAAAGAAGACACUGAAGACAAUGAGUGGCUUUAUAAAAUGCUGUUCAAGUAAAGUCAAUAUCAUAGUGGACUACAAUGAUAAAAUUGAAAGCUUUGUUCACUUCUUGUCAUACUGCCUGGAUUCUAUAUCUUCAAUACGUUUUCUAGAUGGUUUCAAUGAAAGAACGUUUUCAGCCAUGUGUCAUUUAUUCAAGCAGUAUGAAGAACUGAAAGUACAUGGCAACCUUUCACACCUCAUCUCUUUAUUUGCACCCUUUCCAAAUAAGGUGCACUUGACAGACAUUGAGAGGAUUUAUGAAACUAAACUCAGUAACUUCCGUUUCCUUAAACAAUAUCACCAGUACAAAGCUAUGGUGCCACAUCACAAAGAGGCUUUACAACAACUUCGGUUAUGCAUAUUCAAAAGUCUUUGGAGGCUGCAAGAGGGGCCAGAUAAGCUACACUUGUUAUUUUAAAUGUAUUGUGGACUGUGGAAACCAAGAGGACUUCACUGAAUCAUUGAAGCUGAGCAAUAGUAAAGUCCAUGUGGCCACAGAUUGGACAAUGAUAACACUGAACAGAAUGAGCCUCUUUAUAAAAAACUCCUCAGUUACAGUCGACUUGGUAAUGAACUACAAAGACACAAAUGACAGAUUUGUGGACUUCUUGUCAGACUGUCUGGAUCGGAUAUCUUCUAUGCGUUUUCUAGAUGGAUUCAAUGAAGGAACAUUUUGGGCCAUGUGUCAUUUAUUUCAGAAGUAUGAAGAAGUGAAAGGACACAAAGCCUUCCGCGCCAUCUCUUUAUUUGCACACUUUCCAAACAAGGUGAUCUUGACAGACAUCAAGAGGAUUUAUAAAACUGAACUCAAUAAGUUCCGUUUUCUGAGACAAUAUCGCCAGUACAAAGCCGCAGUUCAGAGCACAAAGAUGCUUUACAACAAAGUACGCCGAUUCAUAUUCGGCAGUAUUUGGGAGACUGCAAGAGAGAAUCGGAUAACAUACAGUUGGUAUUUUAAAUGUAUUGUGGACUGUGGAAACCAGGAGGACUUCACUGAAUCAAUGAGGCUGAGCAAUAGUAAAGUCCACAUGAACCCAGACUGGACAGAGGAGAUACUAAAGACCAUGAGUAACUUUAUAAAAUGCUCCUCAAGUAAAGUUAACAUCAUAGUGGACGCGACUCAUUAG